UGUCAGAAAUAGUUUCAUCAGGACGUCCACUGCGGACUUCUUGGCUGUGUUUUCCCACCUGCGUCUUUCCUUUGUCUUCUACCAUAUAUUUACUUCCGGACCUUUCCUUUUCAUUUCGGAUGUACGCCAAGUGUUGGUGAUCCAUGAUGUGGUCAGCUUUCACGACUUGCGCCUGGCUCUUUGUUUUCGCCCAAGCUGUCGGUGUUGCUGCUCGGUAUGCGGCCAGGUCUUCACCACUCAUCCUUCCUCUUCAAUCGUACGCUCGUCGGGACGUCAAUGUCAAUGGCGCGCAUGCUGGCAUUACUACCGUGGGCAUGGCCACCACUCAAGCAUAUUUCGCUAUCCUCAAGGCUGGCGCGACAACGUUUCGGGUAGCGCUAGACACUGCAUCCGCAGAUUUAUGGUUAAUAUCUACCCAAUGUACCACGGACGUCUGCAAAGCAGUCCCACGCUACCCCUUGCAAUACAAGAGUGGUACCUUCGUUACGGUCAACAACAACUCGACGGCAUUCAGUGUUAGCUAUUCAGAUGGAACUGGCGCGGAAGGUUUCGUCGCGAAAGAAACCAUUCAGCUUGCCAACUUGACGGUAUCAAACCAAGCCCUUGGCCUUAUGACUUCGUCGAACGUGACAUUUACCGACGAUAUCAGUGGCAUAUUCGGACUUGGUUUUCCUCGACUCUCUAGUUUUUCUAACACUGUUACGAAUUCUACCCCUUUUUUCAUCCGGCUAGCGCAGCAAGGCGUCUUGGAUUAUCCCGUGUUUGGUUUGAGUCUCACUCGCAAUGACACAGGCUCGCUCUCUAUAGGUGCUAUUGAUUCAUCUGUAGUCACUAACAUCACCAAUGUUGGGUGGCAUGAGGUCGUAGAAUUUGCGCCCAUUGGCACGGAGAACAAUGUGUCCAGCUACCUGCAAUGGGCUAUUCCCCUGGAUAGUUUUGCGAUUAACGGAUCGUCUCUGGCGCCCUCACCGACAUACCCAAAUAUCACGAAUAAUGCCUCCCUGGCAAUGUUUGAUGUCGGAAACAACGGUAUAUACGGACCUUACCAAGAUGUAUCGCGCCUAUUUGCUGCGAUUAGCGGUUCCCGACUCGUUGAUACCAAUCUAGGAUUAUGGGCCAUACCCUGUGAUACGCUGAUUCCUAUGUCAUUUACCUUUGGGGAGCAGACUCUCACUCUUCAGCCCACGGACUAUCUUAUCGGGCCUGCGUCCGAUAACCCGAAUCUCUGUUUGUCUUGGCCAGGUGCCACAUCGCCCAGUUCAGAUGGCAUUGAUUGGCAGAUGGGUGUGCCUUUCCUUCGAACUGUUUAUGCUGCCUUCAGUUACGGGAUCAAUACCAAGGAGCCGCCCAUGAUAGGAUUUUAUCCUCUUAAAAAUGCGACUAAUAGCACGGAGUCCGUAGCAAUGAUCUCGUCAUUCCUUUCUUCUGCAUCAGCUACGGUGGCCACAGCAUUACCAAACUCUCUCCUAUCAACGCCCACCUAUACGACACCCUCUUAUACUUUCAACUCGUCGAUCAGUGCCCCCACAGGCGGGAUCGUUGCUACCGAGCUCGCCAACACCACCUACAGUCCUAUAUUCGCGCAAUAUGCCACCAAUAUUUCGGCGAUGCCUACGAUAGCCCCAACAGACGCAUUGGAAACAUAUAUCGUAACUGACACCUCUGGAGUAGUUACUACCAUCACUUCCACAGCAUCGGUAGCUUCUGUUACGCUUGGUAUACCACCCGGCUGGACUUCUGGUGUGGUUUCGCUCCACACCCCAUUAUCGAGGACACACUUCCUUUGUUUCUUAUUGCCUGUAGCUUUACUAUAUAUCUCGGACCAUCUAUUCUCAUAGGCUUUGUAUAAAUUGCAUUCGCACAUCUUCGAGCGUUUUCGUCCAGUUUCUAACUUAUCAUGUAGUAAUUAACCCGUCAUAGCUCUGAACAGGCUUAGCUGGGAAUUGCCGGCACCCAAACAUGUUGACUCGCAAUGUUACAGCAAGCAGUAACUAAUUCAAUCAAAAUCAGUGCUAGAUUUUAAAAAACAGCAUGG